UUCAAUUGGGAUGUUUGCUAAUUGGGUUGAAACAGUUCUUGAAUUCUUAAUUCCAAUUAUUCUCUUGUUCUGGUAGUGUUUUUGGGUCUGUUUGUAUGGUGAAGGAAGGACCUUGCUGCCAUUGUGGAGUCACAAGAACUCCUCUUUGGCGUAAUGGACCAGCACACAAGCCGGUUUUGUGCAAUGCUUGUGGAUCGAGGUGGAGAACAAAAGGUACAUUGGAAAAUUAUGUGCCACAACAUGCGCGUGAGCUUACUGAUCAAGUGGAACCGAAAGUGUCUAAAGAGAAAAUUACACCCUUAAAGAACAAUUUACAGAGGGUGCAGAAAAGAAAGCUAGAGAAUGUAAUUCCAGAAACUGAAGAAACUGUUGCACUUAAUGUGCAAAACUUCCGAAAAGUUCUUGAUGAGGAUGCUGGCUAUCAAUCUAUUUCAGGGACAGCCACGUCAUGUUCAGAAAGCCGUAUACAUGAUAUCAUUGAUUUAAGAGCUUCAGCACAAUUCUGUGGAUGGAAUGUGCCAUCAAGAAAAAGGUCAUAUAUUCAUCGGACAAGGUCCUCUCCUCUUGCAAGGCUCCAGAAGGACUUAUAUUCUAUAUUCAGUGCGCAAGGUUCAUCGAGCACAUCAAUGGCGUCUGAUGGUGAUCUUCUUUAUGGAACUAAAACUCAAACUCAAAGUGGUUCAAUUGAAAUUGGUCAUGGUGUCGUCCUCAUCAGGCCUCCUAGUUCAAAAGUUGCCGAGGAGGAAUCUAAAGCCGGUUCGUUUCUGGCUUUGAAUCAGUCAUACAUUGCAAAUGAGACCAAUUCACGAUCAGCAUCCUAUUCAGUGUCUACUGGAUGUAUUGAUAUUGAAAAGAGUAAGGAGCAUAUUGCAGAACUGGGACAAGAGCAUGAAAAAAGGGAUGAAACCUUAUAUGAGAUGUUGAAUAUUAAGCACGAUAGAAAGUCUCCUCUGAUGUCGAUUGACCUGAAUGUUCUUAAACAUAAAGAAAAUACUCUAGAAGACCGAGCAAGUGCUCUUAAACAUUCCAGUCCGGCACCAUUCAAAAGGCAAAACGACCCAGUCCUGAAAGGCAGCAUGGGAAUCCCGGUAGGAAAAUGCGGGCCAAGUGGAUUGAGCAUAUGUUCUAAAACUUUAACAAACUCCAGCGAUGCGGCCUCAAGAUUAACACACACCGGUGAUACUUUAACAGGCAAUAAAGAUGGAAACUCCAUGCUAUCCUCUUUUCAAUUGACAGUUCAAGACAUUCAUCUGAGUGUCCCUGCAAAUACAUCAACCUCAAAUUCAGAAGCCAAAAACCUUAGCAAUCCAUACAAGGGAAAAACAGUUAAGAAAGCUUCAUUUGAAGGACAUGGGAGCAACUCUUCACAGCCAAAGCAUCGAGGGCCGAACAAUGUAACAACCAAUGCAGCAUUGUUUGAAUGCUCUAAUGUUUGUCUGUGAUCAAAGGCUGCUUCACCGAUGAAUGCUGCUCGAAACUUUCUUUUGUUCUCCUGUGAAUUAUCGUCGAGCUGGAUGAUAUAAU